CACAAACUCCACUAUUUCUGCCCCUGCAAUCAAUGGUGAGUAAUCCAAACUCUCUGCUUCAAUUAAUAGCAAUACCGCGUCGAUCGGCGCCAUCACUUCACGAUUUCAACAGUAUUCAUGCAUUUCAUUGAUCAUUGAGUCAGUUUCUACGGCGGAGAAGAAGCCGACGGCCGCGGCAGCAGCAAGUGGCCGCCGUGGCUGCGGCCGCUGCUGCAGAGCAGCUUCUUCGGCCAAUGGAAGGCGCACGCGGCGACGGCGCACAAGAGCGAGUGCAACAUGUUCUGCUUGGAUUGCAUCGCCGCGCCGCUCUGCUCACUCUGCCUCGACUUUCACAAGGAUCACCGCCGUAUUCAGAUGCGGAGAUCGUCGUACCACGACGUGAUUAGAGUGGGGGAGAUUCAGAAGUUUCUGGAUAUCGGAGGUGUUCAGACCUACAUUAUCAACAGCGCGAAAAUCGUGUUUCUGAAUCAGCGCCGCCGCCCUCAGCCGCGCCACGGGAAAGGCGCCGCCGCCAAUUCCUGUUGCGUCUGCUACCGCAGCCUCCUCGAUUCCUUCACUUUAUGUUCCAUUGGCUGCAAGAUCGUCGGAACAUCGAAGAAUUUCGAUAAGGAGAAGAUGAGGAUUGAUGAUGGCGGCGGGGCCUCCGACUCCGACGAGUCGUCGGAGACGUUGACCGCUGCCUGCUUUCAUAAACAAGCUUUUGGAAGGAAAGCGCAGAGCUUCACUCCAUCGACUCCGCCACAGACUGCCGUGGCAUAGCGGCGGAAAGGCGUUCCUCGCCGAGCUCCCACCGGCGCCAUUUUAACUGAAUAAUGCAUUAUGUUUAUUAUGCGUUUGUUACAUAGUGAAAAGGAUAAAUUAGAAUUCAAAAUAAAAUUAAAAAAAGUAAGCAAAAUAUGCUGUGUAGUGUAGCAUAGUAGUUUGUUUGUAACAUAGUUGUAUGGAGUAGUAAAUAGAAAAUAAAUAAAAGGCCUUUUAGAGUA